AUGGACGCGGCCGGGAGCGUGGACCGGGCCGGGAGCGUGGACACGGCCGGGAGCGUGGACCGGGCCGGGAGCAUGGACGUGGCCGGGAGCGUGGACGGGGCCGGGAGCGUGGACGCGGCCGGGAGCGUGGACGCGGCCGGGAGCGUGAACGCGGCCGGGAGCGUGGACCGGGCCGCGGCGCGCAGCCCCCCGGAGGAGCCGGGCGGCCGGGGGCCCCGCGCCGGCGGCGGGGACGCGGAGAUCGUGGUGAACGUGGGCGGCGUGCGGCAGGUGCUGGACGGCGGCCUGCUGCGCCGCUACCCGGAGACGCGGCUGGCCGAGCUGCUGGGCUGCCUGGCCGGCGGCUACGACCGCAUCUUCUCGCUCUGCGACGACUACGACCCGGGCCGCCGCGAGUUCUACUUCGACCGCGACCCCGACGCCUUCCGCUGCGUGGCCGAGCUGUACCACCUGGGCGAGGUGCACAUCAAGAAGGGCCUCUGCCCCAUCUGCUUCAAGGGCGAGAUGGACUUCUGGAAGGUGGACCUCAAGUUCCUGGACCCGUGCUGCCGCGGCCACCUGCGCGAGAAGCGCGAGGAGCUGGAGGAGAUCGCGCGCCGCGUGCGCCUCCUGCUGGACGACCUGGGCCUGGACGCGGCGGCGGGGCCCGGGGGCGCGGGCCGCGGGCGCCGCUGGCAGCAGCGCGUCUGGCGCUUCCUGGAGAAGCCGGGCUCCUCGCGGCCGGCGCGCGCCGUGGCCGUGCUGUCCUUCCUGCUCAUCCUGCUGUCCUCCGUGGUGCUGUGCGCCGGCACCGUCCCCGAGCUGCAGGUGCCGGACGCGGGCGGCGGCCGCGUGGAGCACCCGGUGCUGGAGAGCGUGGAGACGGCCUGCAUCGGCUGGUUCACGCUCGAGUACCUGCUGCGCCUGCUCGCCUCGCCCGACAAGCUGCGCUUCGCGCUGUCCUUCAUGAACGUGGUGGACGUGCUGGCCAUCCUGCCCUUCUACGUGAGCCUCACGCUCACGCACCUGGGCGCGCGCGUCAUGGAGCUGGCCAAGGUGCAGCAGGCGGUGCAGGCGCUGCGCAUCCUGCGCGUGGCCCGCGUCUUCAAGCUGGCGCGCCACUCCUCCGGCCUGCAGACGCUCACCUACGCGCUCAAGCGCAGCUGCAAGGAGCUGGGCCUGCUGCUCAUGUACCUGGCCGUGGGCAUCUUCGUCUUCUCCGCCCUGGGCUACACCAUGGAGCAGGGCCACCCCGAGACGCUCUUCAAGAGCAUCCCGCAGUCCUUCUGGUGGGCCAUCAUCACCAUGACCACCGUGGGCUACGGCGACAUCUACCCCAAGACCACGCUGGGCAAGCUCAACGCCGCCAUCAGCUUCCUGUGCGGCGUCAUCGCCAUCGCCCUGCCCAUCCACCCCAUCAUCAACAACUUCGUGCGCUACUACAACAAGCAGCGGGUGCUGGAGACGGCCGCCAAGCACCAGCUGGAGCUCCUGGAGCUCACCGCGGGCGCCGGCCCCGGCGGGGGCGAGACCGAGGCCCUGGGCUCCCGCGGGGACCUGGACAGCCUCCCGCCGGAGCCCGCCGUGGCCGAGGCCGCCACCGCCGCCCCGGGCGCGGAGGGGGCCUGGGGCAGCCGGCUGCGGGGCUCCCACAGCGACACCGUCAUCCCCCUGCUGACCCAGGAGAAGCCGCACAGGACCCGGCUCCAGAGCUGCAAGUGA